AUGCAUAUUAAUCGCCACGACCAUCGCAUCUCUCGUGUUUCCUCUCUUGGGCCGGGGAAGUGGAUUUGUGGGGUAUGCCGUGAGCUUGUUAAUGGAGAUCAGUGUGGAGUAUAUUCUUGCAUGAUUUGCUCUUAUGUUGUUCAUUCGAGGUGUGCAACACGUCCUCACAUUUGGGAUCGGGUAGAACUCGAAGGGAUCGCCAAAGAAGAAGAAGAAGAAGAAUGCAUCAACACCAAGAUUCCUAUGAGUGUGAAUUCUGCGAUUUCUAUGUCCACGAGGAAUGCAUCAACACCAAGAUUCCUUCUCGCCAUAAACAUCCUCUCAAGCUCACAAGAGCAUGCAUCUCCGUACCACAUGUCAUAUACAUCAAUUGUCACGACCACCGAAUCUCUCAUGUUCCCUCUCUUGGCCCGAGGAAGUGGAUUUGUGGAGUAUGCCUGUGCAACAGAUCGAUUCAUUUGGGAUCAGAAAGAACUCGAAGGUGUAGCCGAAGAAGAAGAAGAAGAAGAAGAGUUCAACACGACAACUAUUUUGCUUGUAGUGCUUGUCUACGUCAUUGCACCGGUUUAUCAUAUACUGCAUAUAACGCCAUCAUCGAUGUGCGUUGUGCUUCAAUAUCUGAUGCAUUUAAACAUGAAAGCCAUCCACAUUGGUUGUUCCCAUUCACAUAUGGUAGGAGACUCAUUAGGUGUGAAGUUUGUGACUCGUUACAAUGGGUGCAUCUACGUUGUUUUGAUAAAGAUGAUUGUGGCGGCUUCAGUAUAUGCCUCACAUGCGCUACUCUACCAACACUGGUAA